AUGACCCUCAAGACGGAAGAGGACGAACAACAACAUCAACAACAACAACAGCACCAACGCUCUCCUUCCCAGGAGGGAGCCGGUACCACCACUGAGAAAACAAUCGCCUUGCGCUCUUUGGUGGGCACAAAAGAUGCCGGUGUCAUCAUUGGACGUGCUGGAAAAAAUGUGAGUGAUAUACGUGAGCAAUCUUCAGCCCGUGUCACCAUUUCUGAGAUUGUACAAGGCGCUUAUGAAAGAAUCUUGACGGUAUCCGGGCCUGUCCAUGCAGUGGCCAAAGCCUAUUCUUUGGUCGGUGAGAAAAUAUUAGCGGAGCAUACACAGCAACUACAGCAACAACACGAUGAAAAUGAUAGUCGAAGCAACAACAAUAUGAAACAUGACCCCAAUUCAGUGCUUAUCAAGCUCCUUGUCCCUGAUAGCAAAAUGGGCGUUGUGAUUGGUAAAAGUGGAGUCGUUAUCAAAUCUAUACAGGAAAUGAGUCAUACCCGUUUGAAUGCAUCGGAAGAGCCAUUGCCCAUGUCGACAGAGCGUACGAUAUCUGUUCAAGGCACACCAGAAGCUAUCCAGCUGGCGAUCCAACGUAUAGCACAAAUUUUGUUAGAACACAAUGACCGAGCCUCGGGCCAUAAUGGUCAACAUCAGCAUGCUACCAAUAACAACAGCCACGCUGCUGCCGCCGCCGCCGCUGCCGCCGCCGCUGCUGCUGCUGCUAUGGGCUAUGGUGCUAUGAUGCCAACGAUGACAGGUAUGCCAAUGAAUGGAGCAGCAGGUACCGGUCAGCAGCAAUCAUCCCAGGCACAACAAAUAUAUAUCCCUAAUGAAAUGGUGGGUUGCAUCAUCGGUAAAGGUGGAAGUAAAAUCAACGAAAUCAGGCAGUUAAGUGGCAGCCAUAUCAAAAUUGACGAUCCUCAAGGUGAUUCAAAAGAAAGAUUAGUAACAAUAACAGGUAGUCAAGAAAGCAACCAAAUGGCUCUGUACCUUUUAUAUUCACGAUUAGAAUCAGAAAAAGCAAGGUUAGGCAUGCGCUAA